AUGUCCUCGUCCUCGUCCCCUGCACCUCCUGGUAACUACGAUGUCUUCCUCAGCUUCCGAGGUGAAGACACUCGAAGAACCGUCGCUAGCUAUUUGUACAAACAACUUGUCAACAGAGGGAUUUACACCUUCAAAGACGAUCCAAGGAUUGAGCUGGGAGACUCCAUUCCCGAAAAACUUGAAGAGGCCAUCAAGAGUUCAAGGUUUGCCGUUGUGGUUAUCUCAAAGAGCUACGCUACUUCAAAGUGGUGUUUGGACGAGCUUCAUCUGAUCAUGAAACUUAGAUUGGAAGAAAAGAUUUGUGUCAUCCCGGUCUUCUACGACGUUUUCCCCUCUGACGUUAAAAAUCUUCGAGGGACUUUUGGUUUAACAUGCCACCGAAGUUGUAAAUUGGCGCAGAAGAUUCCCAAAUGGAGAGUAGCCCUUAGGCGUAUUGGAAACCGAAAAGGCGCAGAGUCCAGUAAAUAG